AUGCGGCUAUUCGGGUUGUCUUUAUUCGCUCUCCCGAUAACCGUGGGACUAUCGACGCUAGCAUACGCAAAUGAGCAAAAAGGGUUAAAUGUCUGCACUGUCAAGGCAAGAGGUCACCAGAAAGAUGAUGUCCCAAACAUCCUCGAAGCUUUCCGUCGAUGUGGAAAGGGUGGCACGAUUGUCUUCCCUGAAGAUCAAUCAUACUGGAUUGCAACACGCUUGAACCCGGUGGUCAAUGAUGUGACAGUUGAAUGGCGUGGGAAAUGGACGUUCUCAGAUGAUCUGGAUUAUUGGCGCAACAAUUCCUACCCCGUCGCAUUCCAAAACCACGCCGCAGGGUUCGUUAUCACAGGCCAAAAUAUUAGAAUUGAUGGAUAUGGCACUGGUGGCAUUGAUGGUAAUGGGAAUACGUGGUACAACGCAGAAAAAGGCAAUACAAAGCCUGGAAGACCAAUGCCCUUUGUAUUUUGGAAUGUAUCCGAUGUCAGUGUUGAGAAUUUCUACAUCAAGGAUCCUCAAUUGUGGAGUGUCAACAUUAUGAAUGGGACAAAUAUGCGCUUCAGUAACAUUUACUGCAAUGCGACUGCGGUGGAUGCACCCUACGGCGAGAAUUGGGUACAAAAUACCGAUGGGUUCGAUACAAUGGAUGUGGAGAACGUCAAACUGACAAACCUCGUCUACCAAGGCGGCGAUGACUGCAUCGCAAUCAAGCCACGCUCAUACAACGUCGACAUCCACAAUGUGACCUGCCGCGGCGGGAACGGUAUUGCAAUUGGCAGUCUGGGCCAGUACCUGGAAGACUCGAGCGUGAAGAAUAUUCGCAUUGACAAUGUAAAGGUGAUCCGAUAUAACGAAGACUUACACAACACAGCCUACAUAAAGACAUGGGUUGGAGCCCUUGUACCCCAGUCUUCAUAUGAAAGCGCCGGACUCCCUCGUGGAGGUGGCUGGGGCAGCAUUGAGAACGUGUUGUUCUCAAACUUCGAAGUUCACGGCGCUAAUGCGGGCCCUGCUAUCACGCAGGACAAUGGGAAUAAUGGUUCUUUGUCGGGGACAAGCCUGAUGAGCAUUUCAAACGUUGCAUUCGUAAAUUUCACCGGUCAUACGAAUGGUCCUUCGACGAAAGUUGCUUCUGUUUCCUGUUCUAAACUGCACACGUGCUACAAUAUCGACUUUGAUAAUGUUGUGCUUUAUCCUGGGGCGAAUGCGACCACGCCAGGCGUUGGAUCUUGCAAGUAUACUGCGGAGGGAGGGGUCCAUGGUCUUGAUGGAUGUUGA